UUUUUUUAAAUAUCGACCAACCAUGUAACGGGUUUAACAACAAGGACAGAUAAAAACAUUGAAUUUCGCAAUACCUGUAGCUCAUCGCAAUACCUGUAGCUCAUCACACUUCUGUUGUACCGCUUAUACAGGAAACAUAUCCCCUGUGUACAGUGUCACACAAAUCGCGAUGAAAUGGUGGACUUUUAUAACCAUUCUUGUGAUAGUUAUUUCACUGGUCCAUGCAAAAGGUGGACGAGGUGGUGGCGGAUUUAGAGGUCGCGGGUAUAGAGGUGGUUCCAGAGGGAGUAGCAGAUCUAGUAGAAGUUACAGGUCCUCGUUCAGCGGAAAUCGCUUGUCCAGCUCCAGCAGUAUUCGGUCCGCUCUUUUGCUGGGAACAGUCUAUGGAGCUUCUCGCUACCGUCAAAGAACCAGAUUUCGAAGCGAUGGCACGUUGCCAGUGGUGUGUUACAACGAUAGGUAUAACAUGAGUGCUAACGGAACAGUGUCCCUGUCGUACAAGGGUCGUUUUUUCUGCCCUUUGGAUGAGAGUAUGUCGGAGGAUUACCGCUACUGUUGUGGGGAGGAAGGCCUACAAUACUGCUGUAAAUUCUGGGAUGUACCUGGUCACAUUGCGGGGGUGGUCAUUGGAGUUAUAGCCUUUGCUGUCCUGUUGUUUAUUGGCGUUUUCUGUAUCAUUAGACAUUGUUCCAGGAGCAGAAGGUCACCAAGUACCCCUAAUGUUAAAACUUUCAAUGGACAUGAAAACCCACCAGCCUAUCAGCCUCCUGCCUACGAGAUGCAUAAUUCGCAAGCAAACGAUAAACUGCCAUAUCCAUCUAGCACAAAUUAUACGUACGGAAUGGACAACAACGGCUACACACCGUCUGCUCCCUACCCAGCUACGGACAGCACGUGGGGUACCAAAUACUGAUGGCGACUUUUCCACAUUCUGUAUAAAAUGCCAUUCAAAUAACUACCUUGACAUAUCGUAUUGUGCUUUCGUAACGUACUGUAUACACAUGUACAAAACUUAACAAAAACUUGGAUUACAUUUCGUUAAAAUUACGCUGUUUACCUAUGACUAAUGUACUGUCAUGAAUAUACGGAAUCAAUCGGAACUCCUCAGAUAUGUCCUUAAACUUAGUUUGGAAUCGUUUAUCUGUUAUAGAUUACAUGUAAACAUUCAUGUCGUUUGUAUUCCGGUAUUGUAACAGUAACGUAAUCGGUUUGUUAGAGGGGAACGAGUAAUUAUAACUGUAGAGGGUAACUAUAUCACGUGGGAGUUCGUGAUUACAUGCAUGACUUACUGUACCAUUUUCUUUAAUUUACACUGAAGAUUUACUUUUCUACAAUUACUGAGAGUGAAAUAUAUAGAUGUAUUUCCAUUUUUACAUUGUUUUAUUGUCUUAACUUUAACACAAACCCCCUUUAUUUGAUGUUUGUCGGAAGCUUUUAAAGUUUAUGAUCAUUUUAUUGAUUAUUUGUACUAGUAUUUUCCUUCAAAUCACGAUUUGGUUUACUUUGUUAAGCGACUACAUUUUCUACAUACUUGUGCUUUGUUAGUACCAUAUUCACUAAUUUCAACCAAUGUUAUCUAGUUACAGGUUUCUAUUUCACAUUGACAACGGUAUGGUUUAAUAUUGAAAAUAGUGAAUUGAAUAACAAAUAAACGACUACUGACUUUUAAAAAAUCCUUGGCAACCCAGACAAUAUGGAUAUAUUACUGGAUAUUGUGAUCUGUGAUAUUGUUGAAGCGUAUGUUUUUAAUAAAGAAUUAUAAAAGAAAUGUAA